UCGAGUUCAUGGGCACACACCGGGGUCCUCGUGCGUCCCUCUAACCGACAGCACCCAUCUCUCCGCCUCGCGCGCUCUCCGUACUUUGAGGAUGAGACACAGAACAUCAGGACCCUCUCUUUGAUCCUCUCCAUGGUUUUUUACCUGCUCAUUGGGGCCGCCGUCUUUGACGCUCUGGAGUCGGACAGUGAGAGUUCAAAGAAGAAGGCGCUGGAGCAGAAGCUCAACGAGCUGAAGAAAAAGUACGGAUUCACGGACGACGAUUACAAAGAGGUCGAGAGAGUGGUCCUUCUCUCCGAGCCGCACCGAGCCGGGAGGCAGUGGAAGUUCGCCGGAUCUUUCUAUUUUGCCAUUACUGUGAUCACCACAAUCGGUUACGGCCACGCUGCUCCACGCACUGAUGCCGGCAAGACUUUCUGUAUGUUCUACGCUGUCUUAGGCAUUCCUCUGACACUCGUCAUGUUCCAGAGUUUGGGCGAGAGAAUCAACACUUUCGUUCGCUACCUACUGAGCAGAGCCAAGCAGGGCCUGGGCUUACAGGUUACAGAGGUGUCGAUGGGAAACAUGGUCCUGGUGGGUCUGCUGUCAUGCGCGAGCACCCUGUGCAUUGGAGCUGCAGCUUUUUCCCACUUUGAGGACUGGACUUUCUUCAACGCCUACUACUACUGCUUCAUUACACUCACCACCAUUGGCUUUGGCGAUUUUGUUGCCUUGCAGAAGAAAGAUGCUCUCCAGAAGCGACCCCCCUAUGUGGCCUUUAGCUUCAUGUACAUUUUGGUUGGACUGACGGUCAUGGGAGCGUUUUUGAACCUGGUGGUCCUGAGGUUUCUUACUGUGAGCACUGAAGAACCUGAUGUAAAACCUGAGGCAGCGGGGCAGGUGCAGGGAACACAGCCUGAGGACACACAUGUCGAUAAAGAGGUGGCUGUGGCUGAAGCAGAAACGGCUGACAUUGGAUAUAGAGGCAGCAAAGAUGGACAUAGCAGCCUGAAUAACAUGAGUCUUCCCAUGGAGGGAGGCAGCAGCUGCAUGAAUCUCCUUCCAUCUCCUAUGAAGGAGCAAAGACUUGUUUUAUCUGAGCACGCUGAGCUCUCUGAACCCAGCAGACUCAGAUUCUUUUACUCCUGUUGCAUGUGCUGUGACUCUGACAUUGACAACAGCCCCAUCCAGGCUCACUGUGACGAGGAGGGCGGCCACAGUAACCCUGUCUUUUACAGCUCCAUCUCCUACAGGGUGGACCAGGCAUCCUGCAGCUCCUGCACCGGGUCGCCACAGGCUUCCCCUGGCAGCGCUGCUCUGUGUCUUGGAUACAACAAUCAUCAAAAGAGGAGGAAAUCACUAUAACUCACUGAACAUGUGACUUAUGCUUAAAUGGCCUUUGUUUGAGAUUUUUUUGUCUACUACAUAAGAAUAAAACCAUCAGAUUUUCUUCUUAGUGGAGCAAAUUGCCCUGUGCUUUUAUAAUCAUGAAUGUAGCAUUAAAUGCUAAAUACAUUUAGCAUCUAAUUUGAAUCCUUUACAGUUUUUUAAUGUAUUUUUCUACAUUAAGUAUAAUGCUUAAAUAAUAAACUUUGUGGUGUAUAUAAAUCAUUUUUUCAAACAUUACUCUUCCAUUGGACUGUACAUUAAACAUGGUACCUCGAGAAAGUGACUCGUUGUUGGGUGUCCAUUGAUAUUUAAGGUGAAGGACUUCCUGCAGUAUUGUCACCUUUGACCUUUCUGUUCAUACAUCCAGUCUGAAUGUAUUGCUGUCUUAAAAUAGGGAUGCAGUCCUGGUCACCUCUAGUUGUUUCUCUACUCUAUAUUGCAUCCUCAUUCUGCAGCUUUAUGUACAGCACAGUGAGUCUGUCUGAAUUUGAGUCAAAACUGUUUUGUCCCAGUCCCAGACCACAUCCUCUGUGAUCAACAGUUGUGUCAACAAAGAGGUAUUUAAAAUGUUGAGAAUGUGUAAAGACUCUUCUUGUUGUGUGGUUUAUUCACACACGGGCUACAAUUCAAAUGUAAUAUUUCUUAUUAACUCAGAGUCAAGCCUUUUAUAUAUGGCACAUUUUAUUCUAAUAAAAUACUUUUUAUGUUUGUUGAAAGUUGAUAUUUACUUUAACCUGAUGCCACGUCAGCAAUUUCACAAACUAUUGUGUUCGCUCUUUCUUUUAAUGGGCUUCCUAAAGUCUAAAAAUCUAACCGUGAUGACAU